CACUCUCACACUCACACACCACUAAAAUACACACAGCCCACGCGUGCGCGGAUGAGAUGUACUCGCGCGCUGAGCGCGUGCACCGUGCUCGCGGUUCCGGUCCUGCAGCAGAAGCGGCGCUGAGGACGCCGCGCGCCUCCGGUAUUACAGCGCGUGAGAUGGCGCCUCGCCGCGCGGAGAGACCGUCUACCGGGAGGAGUGAUGAGGAGGAGAGCGUCUCGUGAAGGACCGGACCGUGUCGUCUCGUGAAGGACCGGACCGUGUCGCGGUGCUCUGCUCAGACGGACUGUGCGCCAUUUGGGCUUCGACCUGUAACAUCCUGUUCGGUGUCCGCUUGGUGGGUCAGAUCCCCUCCUCCUCUCUCUGGACGCAGCGCCCCUCGCGUCUUCUGGCUCCUUAUCGAUGAGCAACGCGGACGGAUCGAUUAGCAGCACGGCGAUCCGCUCUGAGAACUAGUCCCGCCGCCUCGUGGAUCCGAUCAAACGUCUUUGGUUUUUCUCUCCUCUUCGCGUCCUCUUGUACCUUUUUACCGCCGAGGAGCCCCUCGGUUUUUUGGACCGCGAGGGGUUCAGGGAAAAGGAGCCGUCCGCAGUCUCGAUCCCCUUCAGAAACUCUGCGGGUUUUCCCCCGCGGAAUACCAAGUAGAGGAAUGGUGGCUCCUCGUCGCCUCUCUCCUCACAUGUGAGCCUCGAUCUGCAGCAGUGGCCUGUGAGGACAGAAGCCUUGCUCAUGGACACCUGACUGUAUGGCCAUUGCCAAACCGGGGGACCGGGCCCCGAGGGACAGCUUCUACCUUGAUCUCAGUCUCCAUCUCAUUCAUUCGACGGAAAUGCAGAAGAAAACCCGCAGAUGAACUAUGAAUGCUGAACACGAUGAUCUUCUCCUUCCAGUGCCAGACAAUGCGAGGGCGUAGGCUGAAGGGGGCGCUGUCCAACCCCCUCCUGGUGCUGCUGUUGGCGCUGCAGAUCCUGGUGGUGGCCGGGCUGGUCCGUGCUCAGACCUGCCCCUCCGUGUGCUCCUGCAGCAACCAGUUCAGCAAAGUCAUCUGCACGCGGCGCAACCUCCGAGACGUCCCCGAUGGCAUCUCCACCAACACCCGGUACCUCAACCUGCAGGACAACCUCAUCCAGAUCAUCAAGGUGGACAGCUUCAAACACCUGCGCCAUCUGGAGAUCCUGCAGCUGAGCAAGAACCACAUCCGCAGCAUCGAGAUCGGGGCCUUCAACGGGCUGGCCAGCCUGAACACCCUGGAGCUCUUUGACAACCGGCUGACCACCAUCCCCAACGGGGCCUUCGAGUACCUGUCCAAGCUGAAGGAGCUGUGGCUGCGGAACAACCCCAUCGAGAGCAUCCCGUCCUACGCCUUCAACCGCGUGCCCUCGCUGCGGCGGCUGGACUUGGGAGAGCUCAAACGUCUGUCCUACAUCUCGGACGGGGCUUUCAAAGACUUGAGUAACCUGCGCUAUCUGAACCUGGGUAUGUGCAACCUCAAGGAGAUCCCCAACAUUCUACCCUUGGUCAGACUCGAAGAGUUGGAAAUGUCCGGCAACCAACUCUCUAUCGUACAGCCCAGCGCGUUCACUGGGCUAGUGAACCUGCAGAAGCUGUGGAUGAUGCAUGCCCAGAUCCAAACCAUAGAGAGGAACUCCUUUGACGACCUCCAGUCUUUAGUCGAGCUCAACCUGGCCCACAACAACCUGACCCUGCUCCCCCACGACCUCUUCACCCCCCUGCAUCGCCUGGAGCGGGUGCACCUCCACCACAACCCCUGGAACUGCAACUGUGACAUCUUGUGGCUGAGCUGGUGGCUGAAGGAGACGGUCCCAGCCAACACCAGCUGCUGCGCCCGCUGCCACGCUCCGGCCAGCUACAAAGGCCGCUACAUCGGGGAGCUAGACCACAGCUACUUCCAGUGUGAUGUUCCAGUUAUCGUUGAGCGCCCCACUGACCUGAAUGUCACCGAGGGGAUGGGCGCCGAGCUGAAGUGCCGGACCAGCUCGCUGACGUCUAUCAGCUGGCAGACGCCCAACGGCUCGCUGGUCACCCACGGGGCGUACAAGGUGCGGCUGGCCGUGUUGAACGACGGCACGCUGAACUUUACCAGCGUCACCAUGCAGGACACCGGGACCUACACCUGCAUGGUGAGCAACACGGCGGGGAACAUCUCCGCCUCGGCCGUGCUCAACGUCACCUCGGUGGAGAACAGCGGGGUGACCUACUUCACCACGGUCACCGUGGAGACCAUGGAGUCCCCGGGGGACGAGAGCCAGACCCCGCUGCCGCCCUUCGGCUGGGUGUCGUCCUCCACCACCAGGGCCCCCCCGGUGUCCACGCGCACCACGGAGCGGACCUACACCAUCCCCGUGAUCGACCCCGACGGGGAAGGGCCGCUCAACGGGCUGGACGAGGUGAUGAAGACCACCAAGAUCAUCAUCGGCUGCUUCGUGGCCAUCACGCUCAUGGCCGCCGUGCUGCUGGUCAUCUUCUACAAGAUGAGGAAGCAGCACAACCAGCAGGACCCCGAUGGCCCCGCCUCCUCCAUGGAGGUCAUCACCGUGGAGGAGGAGCUGGCCGGGGUGGCGGCGAUGGAGAGACACCUGUCGCUGCCCCCGCUGGAGCACUAUAACCACUACAACACCUACAAGAGCAGCUACCACCACCCCUCGGUGCUCAGCACCCUCCACAGCUCCAACACACAGGAACCCUUACUGAUCCAGGCCUGCUCCAAAGACAAUGUUCAAGAGACGCAGAUCUGAGGCCGCUCCCGUCCCAACAGUUCCUACCAGUGGUUUUAUAUUCGGAGUUCAACGGGCUAACUGGGGAGGAGAAAAGGAAGAAAAAUUAACAUUAACUUUAGCGAUGACAUAAGUAAUACAUCAGCGAUGGGAAUGGGACAGCGUAUGGUAUUUCUUUUGUUUAAAUGUCUUUCAAAAAAACUACAAUUAUUUAUUGAAAAGUAUGUCUAGUGGCAAAAUGAAGAAAAGCAAAACAUGUAAUAGCUUUUUUAGCUCCCUUUCUCUCUCUCUCUCUCUUCUCUGUGUGUAAUACUGCACAAGGAAAAGAAUGGUUUACUUCAAAUGAAUAUAAUUCAUCACUUCAUCACUGCUGAAACAGAACCUAUGUUUCUUUAGAGGGCGGUCUGUGUCAUUAGGGCUGUGAGGCACGUCUCCACCUCCCCACAUCCUCCCCUUCACACCCCCUCCCUCACACCCCCUCACAUCCUCCCCC